AUGCUUGGUCUCAGCAUGGAGAAGGCAGAGGCAUCGCAUGUCUACACUUACAGCAACGGUUUCCAAGGAUUUGCAGCAAAGCUGAACAAACAACAAGCCAUGAAAUUAGCCAAUAUGCCUGGUGUCAUCUCAGUGUUCCCAAACACAAAGAGGAGCCUCCACACCACUCAUUCAUGGGAUUUCAUGGGCUUGUCCGUCGAUGCAGCGGCUGAGCUACCUGAAUUGUCAAGCAAGAACCAGGAGAAUGUCAUUAUUGGAUUUAUUGACACAGGAAUAUGGCCAGAAUCUCCUAGUUUCAGAGAUCAUGGAAUGCCUCCGGUUCCUACAAGAUGGAGAGGGCAAUGCCAGCGGGGAGAGGCAAACUCACCAUCAAAUUUCACCUGUAACAGGAAGAUAAUAGGAGGUAGGUAUUAUCUCAGAGGAUACCAAACAGAAGAGAGCGGCCAGAGUAGAAGUGCCAUCAAGUUCAUAUCUCCAAGAGAUAGCUCAGGGCACGGCAGCCACACUGCCUCAAUAGCGGCAGGAAGGUUUGUGAGAAACAUGAACUACAGAGGUUUGGGUACAGGAGGAGGCCGGGGAGGAGCACCCAUGGCAAGGAUUGCUGCCUACAAGACCUGCUGGGACUCGGGAUGCUAUGAUGCUGAUAUUCUUGCGGCGUUUGAUGAUGCCAUUGCUGAUGGCGUCGACAUUAUCUCAGUGUCUCUAGGGCCAGACUAUCCUCAGGGUGGUUACUUCACCGAUGCCAUAUCCAUCGGCUCGUUCCAUGCAACCAGCAAUGGAAUACUGGUUGUUUCUUCUGCAGGGAAUGCUGGGAGAAAGGGCUCAGCAACUAAUCUUGCACCAUGGAUACUGACAGUUGCUGCAGGAACAACGGAUAGAUCAUUUCCUUCCUAUAUCAGGCUGGCAAACGGUACCUUGAUAAUGGGUGAGAGCUUGAGCACAUACCACAUGCACACCUCAGUUAGGACUAUUUCAGCUUCCGAAGCCAAUGCAAGCUCUUUCACUCCCUACCAAUCCAGCUUCUGCCUGGACAGCUCUUUAAAUAGGACAAAAGCAAGGGGAAAGAUUCUCAUUUGCCACCGUGCUAAAGGCUCAUCGGACUCUCGUGUAUCAAAGAGUAUGGUAGUGAAGGAAGCUGGUGCCCUUGGAAUGAUUCUCAUUGACGAGAUGGAGGAUCAUGUUGCUAAUCACUUUGCUCUUCCUGCUACUGUUGUUGGGAAAGCAACGGGUGACAAAAUUCUUUCCUAUAUCAGUAGUACAAGGUGUGGCAGUACGAUGAUCUUACCAGCGAAGACGAUUUUAGGUUCUAGAGAUGCUCCCCGGGUGGCGGCCUUCUCUUCAAGAGGCCCAAAUUCAUUGACACCGGAGAUUCUGAAGCCAGAUAUUGCUGCUCCCGGGUUGAACAUAUUGGCGGCAUGGUCUCCUGCUAAGGAGGACAAGCACUUCAACAUCCUUUCUGGAACUUCCAUGGCGUGCCCCCAUGUUACAGGAAUAGCUGCUCUUGUCAAAGGUGCAUAUCCAUCAUGGUCUCCUUCUGCAAUCAAAUCAGCAAUCAUGACAACAGCAACUGUAUUGGGCAAUAAACGCAACGCCAUAGCCACAGACCCUAAUGGAAGAACUGCAACCCCUUUCGAUUUCGGAUCAGGUUUUGCGGAUCCCAUCAAAGCUCUUAAUCCAGGGAUCAUCUUUGACGCACAUCCUGAAGAUUACAAGUCAUUCCUAUGUUCUAUAGGCUAUGAUGACCACUCCUUACAUCUAAUAACACAAGAUAACAGCAGCUGCACUGACAGAGCUCCAUCAUCAGCUGCUGCUCUAAAUUACCCAUCAAUUACCAUACCAAACCUGAAGAAGAGCUACUCAGUCACUCGAACUAUGACGAAUGUAGGAUUCCGAGGAAGUGCUUACCAUGCUUUCGUGUCUGCUCCACUGGGUAUCAAUGUCACGGUGACUCCAAAAGUUCUAGUCUUCGAGAAUUACGGUGCGAAGAAGACUUUCACGGUUAACUUCCAUGUGGAUGUGCCUCAACGGGAUCAUGUAUUUGGUUCCUUGUUGUGGCAUGGAAAGGAUGCUCGACUGAUGAUGCCAUUAGUAGUAAAAGUUGAUACUGCAGCAAAGGCUUGAUCUGAUUACCUAGCACCUGCACAGAUACUUGAUGUACGACUAGCAUAGCUUACAGAUUAGUUGAGCGAUUUACAACUAGUACUCGAAGGAAGAGUUAACCACAUCUCUUAGUUUGACCAUGGCUAGCUGAAAUCUAAUGAAACCUCUUCUUCAACAAGAUUAUUUUCUGAUUAGUGUCGAUUUGAGCAAUGUAAAUGUUGAGGAUGCAGAAGCUGAUGUUGUAGAGUGCGAGUACCGUAUGAGGUACCUUUUCCUUUUGAGUUCAUCUACAUUUUUACAUGAACAAAUGGACAUAGUACAGAACAAACUUAUGAUGAAUCGCUAUGCAGUAUAAAAAAGGUUAAAAGUGUACACAAGGUCUCCCAAAUUCCAGUCACUGUUGACAAGCACUAUUUCAACUUUGACCACUAAUGAUUUUUAAAUGGUUAGAAUACGAUGAACGAGAGCUCGAUGCUUAUAUUUAGGACACAAGUCACACAACACACUUUAAUAAUACGACAUCCUUUAUGUAUUCAUUUUUUUUUUCAGAAAAUAUACGGGUGGCCAAAAUUUAAACAUGAAUAGAUUACUUUCUGAA